AAAAUCAUGUCGCUUAGUACGGCUCUACUAUUUUUUUAAUUAACAUUAUUGAGCAAAUUAAUCAUCUGUGUUCUUCAUUCUUAACCAUCUUUCAAUUCCAUUACAGAAAUUACAAACACCGUUUGUGUUGGUUCUUUACACAUAACCUGUCAAGCUGUGCACUUCCAAUUGCUUGGAACCCUUUAUUUGAAUCUAAUAAUUAUUAUUUGAUCCACAAAUAUGGAGCAUUACAUGCAGACAUUCUUGCAGAAGUUUCGACAUCUUAAAAUCCAACUAGAAGAUAUAACAUCAGCCACCAACAACUUCAACGAUAACCCUAUUGGAGUUGGUGGUUUUGGGAAUGUUUAUAAAGGAGAAGUGUCUCACCCUGAUGGGCGUAGCGUGGUCGCUAUUAAACGUCUUGAUAGUACACGUGGACAAGGGGCACCUGAAUUCUUGAAAGAGUUAACGAUGCUUUCUGAGUACAAGCAUGAAAAUGUUAUUUCUCUUUUGGGAUUUUGUUGCGAAAAGAGUGAGAUGAUCCUGGUGUACGAGCAUGCAUCACGUGGAAGCCUUGAUCGCUAUUUAAAUUCCCCUUAUCUCACGUGGUCACAACGUAUCAAGAUAUGCCUUGAUGCCGCGAAGGGACUACACUACCUACAUGAUCCAAGGGAGACACACCGGAGACUUAUCCAUUGUGAUGUAAAAAGUGGCAACAUCCUUCUCGAUGAGGAAUGGAACGCUAAAGUUUCUGACCUUGGGCUAUCAGUAAUUGGGUCAGCUAAUGAGCAGCACUCACUUAUUGUCACCCUGGCAGCAGGUACCCCGGGAUACAUUGACCCGCUGUAUCGGAUGACACACACUUUAACAAAAGAAUCAGACGUAUACUCCUUUGGUGUGGUCCUGUUUGAAGUUUUAUGUGGGCGAUUAUCCUGUACAUAUAGCAACAAUCGUGUUCAGCAGAAUUUAUUACCCACGUGGAUUGAAAGCUAUGAACAGAAGCAGUUAAGUGAAAUCGUUUUUAAAAGUCCGACUAUUAAACCAAUGCAUCAGGGUUCUCUAAAAACAUUUUCAGACAUUGUAUAUCAAUGUUUGAAGAUAUCUCGUGAAGAUCGGCCAAAGAUGACUGAGGUUGUGACAGAACUUGAGACUGCACUCAUCAUUCAAGAGCUUAGUGAAGGGAAGUUGCCGUGUUUUAUCAACGAUGAGACUUCUCCUCAGAAUUUCAGUUCCAAAGUUAAAUUGUGGGAACUUCUGUGUGAAGGGGUCCUCAUUAACGACGGCAAAACGUGGCUUUCAUUAAAUAAGAAGGGAGAACUUUGUGAGAUGAUAUCUAUUGCAGAAUGUUUGGGUUCGGAUGUCAAGAGUUACGACUUCUCGUCUCGAUAUAAUUCAAGAUACAAAUUACAAGGGGAGACAGAGAGUUCAAUAUCACACCUGGCGUAUGAGAGAGAAGAUGGAUGGUGGAUGUGUGAAUUGUAUCACUUUACUUGUGACCGCAGAACAGUUGAGCUUCAAAUUUUGUUUGAAGACUUCCUUACUUCUCCUUAUAGUUAUAGCAUAAAAGUAGAAGGCAUCGAAUUUCAGCCCUUGGAGAAAGUGGAACAUAUAGGUGAGAAGCAACCCAUAUCAGAUUCGGAUGCAAAUUGGGAAGAAAAAUUGCCAGCUGAUUAUGAGGACAUAAUGAAAAGGUCAGAAAAUAGUGUGCAAUGGACAACCAAGGAGGAAGCAUAUGCAAUUAUUCGCAAAGGCUUCUUAAUCAGUGACGACAAAAUGAAAUGCAUUGAGCCCGUAUUUUUUUUUGGAUCUGGCCCCAGACAUUUUCAAAUAUUUUCGAAGACGACCGAUAUUUGGUUUUCUCUUGACAACAAUGGAAAAAAAUGUCAUAUGAUAUCAUCAACAAAGAUUGACAUACGGAGCUCACACAGGAAAAUAAGGCAAUUACCCGAAUCAAGAUUUGGAGAAGCUGUUCAGUUGUUGGAUUCUGACUAUAUGUUUAUCGAGACUGAAGUCCAGUCCCAACUAGUAUCAUCUGAAACAACAUAUGCAUGUUACCUUGUCUACAAAACACCAAAAGACCAAUCUAGAUUUGUGGCUCCUAUGGAAGUGAAAGAUAGAAAAUGUGAUUCUUGGUAUAUCUAUUUAGCAAGUCCUCAAACCCCAAUUAUUCGAACAAAAGCUGGUCAAAACACCCACAACCCAGUCAAUAGGCCGAAAAUAAAAGGCAUUCCACAACAAAGAAAUGAUGGAUGGAUUGAAGUGCAAAUCUGGGAAUUGCGAGCUGCUAAUACAAUGAACAUGGAACUUAUGAUGGGUGUUUCCGGCACGAAGAAGAUUAGUAGACUUAUUAUUGAAGGCAUUGAGUUUAGACCUAUAUAAACUUUCAUUUUUUUAUAUAAUGGACAAGAAUUAGUUGUAAACAUAAAAUUUGUUAUCUUUUUUAUUUAUUUAUUUAUUUAUUGCC